CCGGCUAACUCGCUAACCUUAGUAACCGCUAUUUUCGGAGCGCAGAGAUGGCGGACGUCGAGGGCAGUUCACGAGGAACUGAUACCUGAAAGUAGCGAGAAUAAUCCCGAACCACCACAGACAGGACCCUGUUCCGCGCCUGUGGUUGUAGAUGGCAAUACGGCGGCGCCCUCUGCCGGUGAAGAAGCGCACUGCGCUCCAUCCUGCUUGAAAAUGAUGGAUGAAAAGCUGCAUCCCAUAGAAGAGCAACUCCAAUAUCUCUUAAGCAAAGCAGACGAGUUCCAGACACACCUCAUUCACAGUCGAGACCGGCUCCAGAGUGAGGGUUUCGCUCGUGUGGUGCCAACGUUUCUGCAUACCUGUCAGCCAUAUUUCACCUACCUGGAGUCCACAGCCCGCAACUCCUCACCUGACCGGACUCCACUGCCCAUGUACAUUCGCACUCGGCUGUUGCAGUUCUCUCAGCAGCUGUGCAGUCGGCUGGAGCAGCUGCUGAUAAUGUAUGCCUCUUUUGGCUACCUCUCUCUGGUGGAGGAGAACCCCCUGUGUAUCUCUCAUUUCUACAUUGGUCAGUGUCAGGUAGAUAACAUCAGGCUGUCAAUCUUCCGUUAUUGCCUCCCUUCCCUGUUCCUGACCUCAGCUGACAGUGGCCUGUACAAGCGCAUGCGCUGGAACGUGGAGCGAGUAAGAGAGACAGAGGGAGGAGGAGGAGGACAAGAAGAAAAGAAAGAAAGGGGGAUGGGAGGAACACGAGAGGCAGAGGGUGCAGAAAAAAAGGAAAAGAAAGAGGAAAGGCUGGAAGGAGAGCGAGACAACAGUACAGAGUAUUAUUUCCUGUGCUGUGAGGAUGUUCCUGUGCUGGCAGGAGAAGGAGAAGCAGUGAGAGAAAUGAGAGCAGACGACAGAGCAGUAAGGACGUGGUCUAUAGGGCAGUGGGUGCAGACAUACCCUGAUCCAGAAACUGAGGACAUCUAUGAGUGGGUUUUGUGCGCGGUUCCUCAGGGUCUGUACAGGCAGCUAGUGUGUCUGGGUGAGGAAGAGCCUUCAUCCUGCAUUGCCACAGACUGCCUGCUGGAGCUGCUAUUGUCUCAGGCAGGUCCAAGCAGCAAUGUUAGAACAACUUAA